GGAGGCGGCGGUGACCCUAGGGGCGGUGUCGGGGGCCGCCCCGCGCUGUCCGCGGCGCGGGGCUGACGGGGCCCGCCUGGCCGGACGUGCGGGGGCGGAGACGGCGGCGAGGGAGGGCGGCGGCGAGGGCUCGCCUUCCUCCCUUUGUCAAGAGAAGCGCCGCCGACCGGCCGCAAGCGUCUCCUGCCGCGCGGGAGCGAGUCCGGAAGCCCGAGCGGGCGCGCGCGUGACCAGGCCCCGAGGGCGCGGGGCGAGGCCGGGGCGGGGCCGGACACACUUGGAGGCGCCCGGAAGCCGCGUGCGGCGUGCCCGGUCCUCGCCAGGUGCAGGGAGGAAUGAAAACCCCGGCAAGUUACCUGACGCACACGGCGUGCCAACUGAGAGCUCUGACCGCUUUGCAAAAGCCGUUUUAGCCAGUUCUUCCUCUGACGCUUAGACCUAGCCCGUGACGCCGCUAGUUUCUCGGUUGCAACUGGAGGAAAAACGGAGGCUCACGUGGGUGGAAUACCACGGAUCAUACAGCUGGCCAGCACUUUGUGCGAGUGGCACAUAUUUUUUCAUUUGCCUUUUGAUUUCGCUCACAGAUAGUUUUGCCAUGCAGGCGUUUUGAAUCUCUCUGUAGUUGAAUUUACUGCUCUUCCCUUGCAUGCCGUCCAGAAGCCUUGACCCCUUGGAGAUUAGUUCUGCCUUCAUAGUUCCCAGGCUUCACCCAAAAACUACAAAAAAUGAACAAAUCCCAGGGAUCUGUUUCAUUCACGGAUGUGACUGUGGACUUCACUCAGGAGGAAUGGGAGCAGCUGGACCCCUCACAGAGGAUCCUGUACAUGGAUGUGAUGCUGGAGAACUACAGCAACUUACUGUCAGUGGAGGUGUGGAAGGCUGACGACCAGAUGGAGAGGGACCACAGAAACCCAGAUGAGCAGGCGAGGCCAUUUAUCAUAUUUAAGAACCAAACCCCAAUGGAGGAAAGAGGUAAUCUCUUUGGAAAAACAUUUAAUCUGAGCACAGAUUUCGUUUCUUUAAGGCAAGUACCCUAUAAAUACGACUUAUAUGAAAAAACUUUGAAAUCGAAUUCAGACUUACUUAAUAGUAAUAGAAACUACAUAAGAAAGAGAGCUGAUGAGUGUAACGGAUUUGGAAAAGCACUCCUCUAUCUGAAGCAAGAGAAAACCCAUAAUGGAUUAGAAUACUCUGAAUAUAGCAAAAGUGGAAAAGUCUUUAAAGAAGCCAUUUUUAAACAUCAGAAAAUAAGAAAUUUGGUACAACCUUUUAUUUGUAAUUACUGUGACAAGGCUUUCUCCUUUAAGUCACUCCUCAUUAGUCACAAGAGAAUACACACUGGAGAAAAACCUUAUGAAUGUAAUGUAUGUAAGAAAACCUUCUCUCAUAAGGCAAACCUCAUUAAACAUCAAAGAAUUCAUACGGGGGAGAAACCCUUUGAAUGUAUUGAAUGCGGAAAAGCUUUCACCCACCAGUCAAACCUCAUCGUACACCAGAGAGCACAUAUGGAGAAGAAGCCCUAUGAAUGCAGUGAUUGUGGCAAGACAUUUGCCCAGAAAUUUGAACUUACUACACACCAGAGAAUUCAUACGGGAGAACGACCCUAUGAGUGUAAUGAAUGCGCAAAAACCUUCUUCAAGAAAUCCAACCUCAUUAUACAUCAGAAAAUUCACACGGGGGAGAAACGCUAUGAGUGCAGUGAAUGUGGGAAGUCCUUCAUCCAGAACUCACAACUGAUUAUACACAUGAGAACUCAUACGGGAGAGAAACCCUAUGAAUGUACUGAAUGUGGCAAAACGUUCAGCCAGAGGUCAACCCUUAGAUUACAUUUGCGAAUCCAUACAGGAGAGAAACCAUAUGAGUGUUCUGAAUGUGGGAAGGCCUUCAGUAGGAAAUCCCGGCUCAGUGUCCAUCAGAGAGUUCACCUGGGGGAAAAGCCCUGAGAAUGCAGCCAGCCAGGACUGUGGAAAACCCUUCCACCCCAACCGUUCCUGUGGGGGAGAAACUGCACGAACGUACUGAAGGCACAUGGAAAUUCAUAGUGAGAUACAAUCCAUCACAUCAGAAAACAUGUAAAAACAAACAGGGUCCCCUCAGAACACUGUCAUACCCAAAGUGAGAGACGAUGCCCAGCUAACGAAUAUAUAUCAGCACAUAUCCAACUGUAAAUAGAAAUGCUUAGUUGUGUUACAGUGAGCUUUUUAAAAUCUUGAAUUACUCAAGAAUGAAAUAUUCUGGGCAGCAGCAUAAAGGAUUAGUCAGUACCAAGGAUUAGUCAGUACCUUAGGAAUUUAGUGGUUAUGUGUGAUCCUUAGAUCUACACAUGUACAUUUAACACAGUCACUGGGAGUUUGAAAUUCUUGUCCUCUGACAGUUGGGGCACAAAUAAGAUUUUCCAUGCUAAACAUCACGUGUUUUUCAGUACCUUUCCAAGCCAGUAUGCAUUCCACAUGAAAUAGGUAACCGUUCGGGGGCGUGUGGCCUCUGUUUUCUCCCACUGCUCGCUGACGUAGAGAGUCGGUCUGGCCAUCGUUAUUCUGCUGCCUCUUCAAUAAAUGAAAGACAAUGUUGAAGUUUUAACUUGCUUCUGGGGUUUCUAGAAGCAUUCUUCACAUCAAUCUGUGAGUGAGAAUUAAGAGGGGAUUUAGCAAGUGAAAGAGCACUGUGGGCCGGUAGGCACUCAGUACAUGCCCCAGCUGAAGAGGGCCCCGUCUCUAGUGCACAGUCACUUUGCAGUGGGGUGUUACCUACAAAUGCAUGUCUUUUAACAUAGUGUAUAACCCAGAAACUACUCGUACUUUUAUUUGUGUGUUUCCCUAUUUCUCUUAAUAUUUUAUGAAUUGUCUUACAAAAAAAGUAGGAUGUGUAUGUGGUUCACAAAUGUUACAUUUUAGACUUUAGAGAAAAAAAUUUAAGAAACUGUCAGUAAAUGUCUUACUGCUUUUUAAAAUGUCCAUGUGCACAACACACUUUAGAGAUGCGUUUUUGCCACAUUCUGUUUAAAGGAGGCAUUUCCACUCCCUGAGUUUCACUGUCAUCACCCAAAAGCAUCUCCCUUUGGAACUCGAGUAAAAGUUAAGCUUUUCCUUUAAAGGUUCACAAACACCUUAGAAGUUAGACUUUUCAGUGAUCUUUCCAGAUGUUUAACAAUUAACCUAAAAAAAAAAAAAAAAGCUUUUUGCAUAACUCAGAGGCAAACCAUCUUACUAUUGAUUUCAGAUUCCCAAGUUUCUCUCCUGAUCAGUCAUAAAUCACACACUAGAUUUGUCACUGGCAACUGUAACUGGCCUUUUUCCUUCCUUGUUUCUGAAUGUCAUUGAUGUGCUGUGACUACAUGAAUGAGAGUGACUUUCUGAAUAGAUUUACCAGAACAUCUAUAGUCCAGUAAGUCUUUGUCUUUCUAAAUUGUCAUCUUGCUACUACAAGCAAGGAAGCAAGGGAAAGAUUCAUCUCAUACAAUGCUGUUAGACAGACAUGUGUAAAGUGUGACUCUUAACAUUAAGAAUACAUAUACCCUUUAAUCCAGGAAUCUCACUCCUGGGAAUCUAUCCCUAAGAAAAAAGUAAAGUGCCAGUACUUAAGAUUAUAUGUUUAUCAAUGUAUAUUGUAUUUUUUGAUAAGGACAAAAAUGGAAACAGUGUGUACGACCAUCAGUAAGAGAAUGAUUAAAUAAACUGCAGGAAAAAUA